CACUGUAUUGUUCACGUCAAAGGCAGCGUCGUGUCCGCUGCCACCGCUGUCGCUGUGUCCCUGAUGUCAUAGCGCUUUAAGUCUAAUAAGUCCACUGUGUAUUAGCAGGUUAACGUACAGCAGCGUAACGUGGAGCAAAUAUGAAGUAAAGACGACAGCUCCUCCCAGGCUGACGACUGCUGUCAUUUCAGAAGUUACUGGACAAACAACCGAAUCUUCUUCUUCUUUUAUGCUCACAUUAAAAGACUGACUGAGGAGACGUCAGUGUUGUUUUUUUUUCCUUUUCCAAGAGGACAAAGACGCGUCAUGUGGACUCGUACGUGUUGUCGAGGAAGACAUAAAUAAGGACUAACUCCCUCAGCAGCUGUGUGUUGACAUUCGUGGGGCAUCCUUAGAUACAUGCUAACAUAGGCUGUUAGCAGCCCGUUAAUGUCCGUUUAGUUUUAUAUGUUGCUACUACUUGUGUAAUUAAUAUAGACGCGGGUUGAAUAAUUCCGUGUUAUCAGGCAAAACAAGGACAUUUAUUGUGUUAUUGUGAGGAUGUUAGCAGAGGCUUACUAUGAGCAAUGACGUUAGGUGUAGCCAGUGGAUGGUUAUGUCACUGUCAGGCUAGCUCGCUCUCUGCUGCUGCUGCUGCUGCUUCAAUGUUCGCAUGGUCAUGUCCUACAGGCUCGGCAUCAUGUAGACUGUCCCCGAGAACUCGUUAGUAGACACAGUUAGUAAUGCAAAGCUGGACUGCAUCCACCCAACUAGGUCGAGGACAAGUGCUACAGUUCAGGCCAGCGUCGUCGCUAGCCAUGCUCAGAGCCGUCUGCUCUGCACAAUAACACAAACAUCCUAACUCACUCAGGGGGCUCGUGAAUGCACCAUGUCCUGACUGCAUCUCUUAUUUAUGUAAAAAGGCUCAUCAGAGCAGCCCGACAUGAAAUAACUGGAAGCAUCUUCAGGUACCGAGUGGAUCUUUUGCUCCAGUGACUGUUUUCUGAAGAGCAGAGCAACAUUCAAGGCUAUUCCACCAGGAGCCAGCACAAGCUGGACCAUCGGCCCCUUACGAUGGAGACGGUGGGAGAUUUUGAGUACAGCAGGAAAGACCUGGUUGGUCAUGGAGCGUUUGCUGUGGUGUUUAAAGGAAGACACAGAAAGAAGACUGACUGGGAGGUGGCCAUUAAGUGCAUUAAUAAGAAGAACCUGUCCAAGUCCCAGAUCCUUCUUGGCAAGGAAAUCAAAAUCCUGAAGGAGCUACAGCAUGAAAACAUUGUGGCACUUUACGAUGUACAGGAAACACCCAACUCUGUUUUUCUGGUCAUGGAGUACUGUAACGGAGGUGAUCUCGCUGACUAUCUGCAAGCCAAGGGUACUCUGAGAGAAGAAACACUGAGAGUGUUCCUCCAGCAGAUUGCUGCGGCCAUGCGCAUCCUCAACAACAAAGGAAUCAUCCACCGUGACCUGAAACCACAAAAUAUCCUGCUGUCCUACGCGGGACGCAAGAGGUCCAACAUCAGUGGCAUUCGCGUCAAAAUAGCUGAUUUUGGCUUUGCACGAUAUCUCCAGAGCAACAUGAUGGCUGCCACACUGUGCGGGUCACCGAUGUACAUGGCCCCAGAGGUCAUCAUGUCCCAGAACUAUGACGCCAAGGCCGACCUCUGGAGCAUAGGGACAGUCAUCUACCAGUGUUUGGUCGGCAAGCCACCAUUCCAGGCCAAUAGUCCCCAAGACCUGAGGAUGUUCUAUGAGAAAAACAAGAGUCUACAACCUAUCAUCCCAAGAGAAACUUCACCACAGCUUAAUGACCUUCUGCUUGGAUUACUGCAGAGGAAUCAGAAAGAUAGGAUGGACUUUGACGCCUUCUUCAGCCAUCCUUUCCUGGAGCCGUCAUCGACCAUUAAAAAAUCAUGUCCAGUGCCGGUUCCCAGCGCCUCUAACACAGUGACGGAUUGUUCCUGUGGUAGCUCUCCAUGCAUCCGAUACAACUCUCCUCCUUCUCUCCCGGACAUGCAGACUCUAGCAGAAGAUGGUCUUUCAUCCCCUCCACUCGGUCCUCCUAACUUCCUUCAGCUGUCCAAAGAGUCCGCAGGAAGCACCAGCAGUAAGAACUCGUCCUGUGACACGGACGACUUUGUCCUGGUGCCCAACAUCUCUAUUGACAGUUAUGACCAACCAGUAGGAGCUGGACGUAGGCCUUCCAGCGAGUUCCUUAUGUGUGGAGGGCAACCACAGCCCACUCCAGGACAGACCCCCAUGGUGUCCCCACGAACGGAGACCACCCCCAUCCCUGUUCCCACCCAGGUCCGCAACUACCAGCGCAUCAAGCAGAACCUUUCUAGCAGCCCGACUACCACACUCUACGGCUCCCCCAGGCCUGGCACAGUGAGGCGCUCCAACACUAGUCCAAUGGGGUUCCCCAAAAUGACCUCAGGGUCCCCCAGCUCAGGAGAUGUUCCUCAAACAGUGGGACGACGCCUCUCCAUCGGCAGUUCCCGGCCAUACUCGCCCUCACCUCUUGUGGGCACCAUCCCUGAGCAGCUGGGUCAAUGCUGCUGUCACAUGCAGAACCACGAGCCUCGCAGCCGCAGCUCCUCAGGAGGUUCCCCCGUUCCAUCCUCUCAGCUCCUUGGGGCUCGACUCCAGAGUGCCCCCACAUUGACUGAGUUCUACCAGACCAGACAGAAGCUCCACAAGCAGCUGUCAGACCCCGUUCAUCCUUCCUCCUCCUCAUGCAGUCACUCCCCUCAGUUUGGCCGACCAGCCAACCUUGGCUCCUCCCCAACCAAGCUGUUGGGCUCCUCCCCCCGUAUGUCUGACUGGCUGCAGAAGUCUCCCCUGCCCACCAUUAUUGGCUCUCCCACCAAGAUAAUUUCUGCGCCAUUCAAAAUUCCUAAAACACAAGCGUCCUGUAACUUGAUGGCCCUGGCAGACAGCCCGACGCCCACCAGGACAUUAGCAGAUGUCCGGGAUAUGUGUGCCCACUACAGCAGCCCUUAUCUCACUGGACGACCAGCUGCCCCCGAGGCCAGUCGGACGUUUGGCAGGUCGGUCAGCACAGGUCGUCUGUCUGAGCAUCCAGUCAGAAUCACUCUGGGCGGACAAGCAUAUCAGGGCAGCACCGAGAGCUUAAACACAGAGCGACCCAUGGACACAGCCCCUGCAGGUCCAGUCGGGCUUGCUCAUGGCGGGUCACCAAGUCCCCGCGCAGUUGUUUUCACUGUAGGUUCACCGCCUAAAAGCAGCACUCCCCCUACCUGCAGCCACCUGUGCACACGACCACGCACCACCUCUGUGGGCUCCAACAGUUCGGCUGGCUCACUAUGCUCCACCAGUGGUCGGAUCCAUGUUGGAUCCCCUCCAGGCAUGACCAUUGGCUCCUCUCCACCAGGAGUUUUUGGAGGUGGGCAUGUUGUUCACGGGGCAGAGGCGGGACCAAGCAGUUUGCGUUAUGUACCGUAUGGGACCUCCCCUCCAAGUUUGGAAGGAUUCAUCACCUUUGAAGCACCUGAGCUGCCUGAGGAAACUCUUAUGGAGCGUGAGCAUACCGACACUCUGAUGCACCUGCGUAUGAUGCUUUCCUUCACCGACUGCGUCCUGGAGAUGGCGGCUGUUCGAGCCGGAGGGACAGAGAUUGGCAUGUCAGCGGCCUCCCUUUACCCUCCUCAAGACAGUGUGGUUGUGGACCAGAUUAGCCAGCUCAGCAAAGAGUGGGGGCAGGUAGAGCAGCUGGUUCUCUACAUGAAGGCAGCGCAGCUUCUUGCGUCCUCCCUCCAUCUGGCCAAGGCUCAGAUUAAAUCGGCCAAACUCAAUCCUUCCACUGCUGUCAAACAGGUGGUGAAGAAUCUGAAUGAGCGUUACAAAACCUGCAUCUCCCUCUGCCGGCAACUGACAGACAAACUCAACAACUUCUUCUCUGAUAAGCAGCGAUUUGUGGAUGAGAUCAACAGUGUCACUGCAGAAAAGCUCAUCUACAAUCAGGCUGUGGAGAUGGUUCAGUCUGCAGCUCUAGACGAAAUGUUCAAGCAGACGGAGGAUAUCGCCUACCGCUACAGCAAGGCUUCCAUGCUGCUCGAUGGCCUCUCUAAGAUCCUGCAGGACCCCAGUGACAUUGAGAAUGUGGUCAAAUACAAGGCGAGCGUGGACCGCAGGAUCUCCACCCUUUGCUACUGCACUGUCACGCUCUAUGAAUAGCAGAGAACUUACACACACACACACACACACAGAGGGACCACGUCCUCGGACUAUAGACUACCUUCUUCACAGAGCCGCUUUUUCCUCAUGUAGCAGUUCAAGCACUUUUUCAUUUGAUAGGUUUCAUCUGAAUUUAUCAUUUUUGUUUCUUUUUAUUGGCUGCAUCACAGACUGAACUGUAACACGUGACUGAUGCACAACUUUACAACCAAAGAUGACCACACAUCCAGAAUCUAACGGCUGAAACCUGAUGUGGACAUAGUUCAUGCACUUUGAAGUGCAUGUCUUUUUUUAAUACGUUUUUUUUUUUUUUUUUUUACCCGAAGAAAACAAGAAUGGACAGAACCAUGAGACUAUGUUGCGAACUUGAACAAACUCAAGCUCCACACGAGGCAUCAUCUUUUAAAAUCUUCAAGUCAGUGAUUAUUAACUGUUUUAUUGUCAUUGUUCUUAUUUAUUGGUUGAGGAGAAACAUGGGUGUUUGAGUCUCCUGUCUGUCUUGAAAACCCGAAGUAUUGGAGUGGAAGGAAACGAAAGAAAUCAACAAAAGGCUAAUGGAUGCACACUGUAACGGAUCCAACUCAGAAACGACAUGAACAUUUACAGAAAACACAUGUUCCUGUUACAGAAACGAGACCGCCAUGAGAGCAAAUGAAGCAGUGGAUUUGGGAUUGCUUUGUUUUUUAUUUUUCUCGUUUUUGUUAGGUCAAGCACUUUAUAGUGGACUGAGAGGAGGAGAGGUGUCUGUAAAUGUGUAAAAGUAGAAAUGUAAAGGAAAAUGUCUUUAAUCACUCCUGCUUUCGCUCUUUGCUCUCAGACUUUUGGCUACAGCUCUCAGAGAGGAAAUAGAUGCGUCUGAACUUCCAUUCAUCUGGACUGUAAAUACAUGUAAUUAAAGGGGCAUAUCACAUAUAUUUUGACACAUUAGGAUGAGUUAGUUCAUCACAUAGAGCGUUGCGCGAUCUGUGGAAACAGUUGUACUUUCCUGUGUUGCUUAUUAGUGUCAUUAUCUCAAUGACGAUGUCAUCAGGUUUGUCAAUAAGACAGAUGAGGGAUUAUACUAGGCACCCAUGUGUUGUGUGAGAAAUGUAGGAUCUUGGGAGUGUUUCUGGAGUUUGUAACGGUAUAUUGGUGGGAUACCCCUUUAAUGUCACAUCUAUUAGCAUUUUCUGGCAUGAAACAUGGGCUACAAGUUGAAUGUACCCAUUAAAUUGUGUCUCUACCACUUAACUGAGAUUGUUCUAAAAAAAAGGAAAUUAAUUCAUUUGGAGAGAAAUACAAAGUUUGAUAAAUAAGAACGCACGGCUGGAACACUUUGAUUGGCUUUUAUCAGCUCGGUUUUCAUUUUGCACUCUGAAUGAAGUGCUGUCCCUAACACAAGAGAAUAUAAAUAACAUGACAGGCGUUUGUUCCUCUAUUCCACUGUGACAUGAUGGAGUUGCUCAUGAUGAUGAGGAGGUGUUGAUGUGAGUUUGGUGUAACAGUAACUACGUUUCCAAGUACAGUCAUGCUGUUCAACUGUCCUCGUCCCAGUGUUCAAGCACUAGUGGGGGGUGAAUCCACCUCUACUUUCAGAUUGUCUAACUACCAUUGAUUAACUUAAAAGUAUCUAAUUCUUAAAGCUAACAGCAUACAUAUAAUGUCAAAAAAAAUGUACUGCUCUGAAUUUCCCAGUUAUUUAUUGACUCUGACUCUGGUCUGACUGAAGGUAUAAAUUCAGUAGUUGCUUGACUCCUAUUUGUUUUAUCUGGUCAUGUUAGUCUGACUUUGGGAAAUUUGAAAUAACCCAAAAUCAUGUCAUGGGAACGUACUGAUUGGCUCACUUUGCUCACCUCGUCACAUGUUCAGACGUCAGACAAAGACAUUAAGGACUGUUGCCGUGGCAGCAGGCUGUGCCACAGCGAUGGAGUGCAUUGUAAAACGGAAUGGUCAUUACUUGACAAGUUACCUGGAAAAAACGAGCUUACUCUACUAUAAUAUACUAGAGCUUUUUACGUUUUCUCAAUAUCUGUAGCUACUUUUAACAAAACUUGAUGUUUGCAAUCUUGUAUAUAUUUAUAUGUGGUUCAUGCAAUGAUUCCUUUUUUUGGAGAGGAGAAUGAGUGAGUGUGAGUUUUGGGCUUGUUGAUGAUGCCAUCAGACACCCUGCCUGUAAGUCAAUGAGCACAAAUCUUUAUAUGUAUAUAAAUGAAUUUGAUACGUUUUAUUCAUGUCUGCCUGCCAAGGGUUUGAUAAUGAAACCUACUAUGGCACAACAGGGGUGUGCCAACCAAUACAACAAAAACUUGUGGCAGCUCUGAAACUUUCCAGAGAACUCUUUCUACCAGGACUGUUCACUGUCAAGUUCAACACACACAUUUUGUUCAGUGGAUCUCUUGAAAUUUUCUGAAAUAAGUGUGAGGUCUUCAGAUUUUGUGCUCGUUUCCUAAAAAAUUUAAGAGACAUGAUUUGUCACCACCUUCACUGCCUAGUAUCUAUUUAGUCCCUCUGCCUCCCCUCAAGUCUGCUGUCCUCACAACAGUGUAUGUACUGUAUGUAUGACUAUAUAUACAUAUAUAUAUAUAUAUAUACACACAUACUUGCCAGGUGAACAUUAAGACUGGUAGUAAAGAGUAAGUGAUGGAAAAGGAGAUGCUGCCUUCUUCUUUUGAAAGGAGACACAUGCUUACUCCUGUACAGGUGUGAAUACAAUACAUAGUUUUUCUGUGUAUAAAUGUGUAUAAACCCAUUCACAGGCCAGUGGACUCUGGUUCUGUUAAUCUGAUGUACUGUUCUUCUUUUCUUCACCUAUAAGGGGUUUUUCUUUCCUCCCUUCCUCCCUCCCUUCUUCCCUUUCCACACACAGUCUUUCAUUGCACACAGAGUGAGGGGGGAUGAAUAAAGCUGAUAUAAAUCCAUCUUUGCUCUGUACCAUUUUGUCAAUAGACUGUAAGUUUUAGAUAAAGCAUGGGUACCCAGUCCGUAUGUUGCCCUGUAUAGAACCUUUACAGUCUUGAAUGUAUGUGCCCCAUUGUCUUGCGCCUCCCCAGUUUGACCCGAAUGCAUUUUUCGAAGAACCCCACUGUCAGUUGCGACCCUGAAGAUGCAACUUUCCGAGCUUUGAUUUUUCAAAGAGAAAUGUUCAUGUUAUACUUGUGUCUCUCACUGAUGGGUGUCUCUCUUUGUUCUUUAUGGAACUCAAAUACACUCUUUGUUAUUAAAAGAAGGAAAAGAAUGAA